AUGAACGUUUUUUCCACAUUCGAUCAGGUCCUGCUGCUGCUGCUCAUGAUGAUCGGCAGCGCCAUUUUCACUUCACUCGUCCCGGUUCUCAUCAGGAGGCAUUACUUCCUGAAGCACCUGCGAGAGGAGGAAGCUAAGGGCGCGUUCCCACUGCUGGCGACGACAUCAGAUGUCGGGCAACAGCCCAGCCGCAGCAACAGGGCUGUGUUUACAAGGUCAGAGAGCGUGCUGACCCGAGGCGAGAACAACGACGCGUUUAUCAGGCAUGCUAUGGGGAAAAUGGAGGCAGAGAGGCGGAGGGAAGCAGCGGAGUGGGAGAGAAUGAAGGAGAGGGAAAGGGAGGCUGGUGGCGGUGGGGAGGGAGGAGAGGAUGGGGGUGAGGAAGGCGGGGUUGGGAGCAACCCUCCACUGACUCGGCUGCAGAGGAAGCUGUCUCGAUCUCUGACCACUGUGUCUCGGAUUUCAUCCGAACCUGUAGCACAUGCACACUCUGGCCGAGGCCACGUGCAAAGCCAGUUCAUGCAGAGCCAUAGCGCGCAGAGCCAUAUGAUGCAGAGCCAUAGCACGCAGGGUCAUAGCAUGCAUGAUCACAGCAUGCAGCACAGCAGCAUGCAGCACGGCAGUAUGCAGCACAGCAGCAUGCAGCACCAUGAGUCUCCUGCUGCUGCAGCCGCCUUUCCCCCCAGGGGGGGCUCCAGUGCUGUUCACAGCGUGGCGAGCAGUCGCAACAGGCCGAGCGGUGGGGGGAUUGCGGAGGAGCAUCCGGAGGAGUAUGGGGGGGAGGGAGGCGUGGGGGCAGGCCCGGCAGGGGGCGAUUGGGAGCAGUCGGGACAGGAGGAAACAGUGGCGCCUUUUGAGAGACGAUUCAUUGAGCUCAGGGCCCUGGAGCUGCUGAGCUGGCUGGUGCCCGCGUAUUUCUUUGGCACCAUCCUUGCUGCCUUUAUUCUCUUCACUCUCAUCGUCUGGUGGUGGCCCGAAUACCACGACCUCCUCUCAGGCAAGGGCAUCAACGUCGUUUUCAACUCGGCCUUCCAGUCCGUGUCAGCAUUCGCGAACGCGGGGUUCGGGUUGAUGGAUGAGAACCUCAUUCCCUUCCAGCGCAACAUUCCCUAUCUGCUGGUGGUGGGCGUGCUCAUCCUGGUGGGCAACACCAUGUACGCCCCCAUGCUCCGUGGCGUGCUGGCGCUGCUGCACUCCACCAGCAGGAAAGACAGCAGCCGAUGGCACAUAACGCGCUACCUAAUGGACCACCCGCGAAAGUGCUACACGCAGCUCUUCCCACACACGCAGACGCUCUGGCUGCUGCUCACCAUUGUCUGCUUCAACACCAUUCAGGCGUUCUUCAUCAUGGUUCUCGACUGGAACACCCAGGCCUUUGAAGGGCUCGGAGGCGGGUACCGGUUCUUUGACAGCUGGAUGCAGUCAGUGAGCACGCGCAAUGCGGGCUACUCCAUUGUCAACAUCUCCUACCUCACUGCCGCCACCAACUUCCUCUUUUGUGGCUUCAUGUACGUGGCGGUCUACCCAGUGUUCCUCACGCGUCAAUCCUCCCGAGAGCAGCGGGACGUGCACGACAGCGACGACCUAGCAGUCUUCGCAGAGGAUCUGCACGGGGGCGUGCUCGACUCCUCCGUGCUGGGGCAGGGCCGGCACCUGGUGGCACAGGACUCGGUGUACCUCUUUGUCUCCGUCUUCCUCAUCUGCGUCAUCCAGAACGGGGACUUCAACUCCGAUCCAGCCAACUGGACCGUCUUCAAAGUUAUCUUCGAAAUCAUCAGUGCCUAUGGCAAUGUGGGUCUAUCUCUAGGGAACAGCUGCCCCACCAGCAACCCCGAUUGCACUGAUGCUCCGCCCUACAGCUUCUCAGGCUCAUGGUCGGUACUCUCUAAGUUAUUAGUCAUCCUCGUGAUGCUGCUGGGGCGCCACAGAGGGCUACCAGACAACAUUGACGCCGCCAUUGUCAUUCCGCUGCCCAAGCAGUUCCAGCGCCAGCCUGGCCGACCAAUCAAAGAGGACCCCGCUGUGCUGCUCACGCGGGCGCGCACAAUGACCAAGUCCCAGCCCAGCACUCUAAUGCGCCGCCUUCUCUCACAAGGGCCUGUUGAGACCUUCUGA